AUGACAAGCAAGGUCGAGAAGAACCGCAAGAUCCAGCCUCGUUGCCGGUGGUGUGGCAGAAACGGCCACAGGGCCGAAACCUGCGAGCUAGUUCAGGCCGUUGGCACAGCAGUGGCUGCGGCGCUGCGCGCCCGGCCCCCCAAGCCCUUCAGGGGCAAGCGGGGAGGCAAGGGCCAGAAGGCUGACAAUGUAUUAGAAAAGGCUGAGGCGAAAGCCAAGGCGGCCUGCCAGGCCACAACCAACUCCUCUGGCGAGGACCUGCCCAUUCGGCUGAAGGGUGGGGAUGCUUCGGCUCCCGGGGGAGCAGAAUGUUCGCCCCCCGCCCCUCUUCAGCCGAAUGGCGCAGCCGGGCCUGCGCCCAACCCCACCAACGCCCUCCCUCGGGAGGAGGAGGCUUCGGCCUCUAGUGGAGGUCAGGACGCCCCGGCUACCGACACCGAAAUGGUGUCCGCUCCUGCCUCCCCCAAGGCUACCUGUGAGUUUGCAUGCCCUUUGGCUCCCCGACCUCUUCUUUUCAAAUGCCUACACAUUGAGUCAUGUCCUCUUUUGUUCGAACCUUGUGCUAACAUCCUGGUAGCUAAUUAG